AUGAACAAAAUCUCCAUCUGGGUGAGCUUCAUUUCAAUCUCUCUCUUCCUCCACAGUUCAACUUCUGUGGAGGAUGAGGUUAAGAAUUCACUUAUCAUCUUCCUUGCUAAGGUUUCUAACAAUGGUGUUCAACCUGGCCUCACUUGGGGUUGGAACACUUCCUCUGAUCCUUGCAAGGACCAGUGGCAGAAUGUAAUUUGUGAUUCUCAAAACGUUUCUGUCACAAAGCUGUUUCUAAAUGGCAAAAACCUCACCGGCACGCUUGAUGCUGCUUCACUCUGCAACGUGAGAUCUCUUGCCGCCAAUCUUACCAUCCUUGCCCUUGAUGACAACGACAUUGGUGGACAAAUUUCAGCUGAGAUUGCAAACUGUGAUCAGCUCACUCGCUUGACUGUAAGCAGCAACCAGCUUUCAGGAAACCUUCCUGAGUCGCUUGCUGCGUUGAAUAACCUGAAAAGGCUUGACAUCUCCAACAACAAGUUCUCUGAUAAUCAGCUUACCGGGCAGAUACCAAAUUUCGACUUCUCCAACUUUGACACAUUCAAUGUCUCCAACAAUAACUUCCAAGGUCAAAUUCCGAACGUGAAUGGCUUUCUUACUGCAAGCAGCUUCCUUGGUAAUCCUGGAUUAUGUGGAGAUCCAUUGCCAAACAAGUGUUCAUCUUCCUCCACGACAGCGAAUGAGAACUCGAACACAAAAAAGGGUGUCUCAAAAAAUCAAAUGUUUAUAUACAUGGGGUAUGGUGUGUUGGCCUUAGUUUGUCUUGUGUUAGUAGUUCUCAGGAUAUGUAGGAAAAAGAAAAGCAAAGAUCAGGUUGAUGCAGUGAACAAAGUAGCAGCAGUUGAUGAAAGCGCCAGCAAACUCAGUGCUGCGUCAAGUGAGUACAAAGGAGGUUUGAGUAAGUCACAAUAUUCGGUCACGUUUUCAGCUGAUGAGAGUGCAGAUAUGGUUUCCUCCUCGCUCAUAGUCCUUACAAGCCCUGUGGUCAAUGGGUUGAAAUUUGAGGACUUGCUCAAAGCCCCUGCUGAGUUGCUUGGAAGAGGCAAGUAUGGUAGCCUCUACAAGGUCAUCUUUGAGAAUGGGAUGGUCCUGGUUGUGAAAAGGAUUAAAGAUUGGGCACUUUCAAGCAACGAUUUUAAGCAGAGGAUGGAGAGGUUGUACCAAGCAAAGCAUCCUAAUGUGUUGCCGGCCCUUGCCUUUUACUGUUCCAAACAAGAGAAGCUUCUGGUCUAUGAAUAUCAGCAGAACGGGAGCCUAUUCAGGCUCAUCCACGGAAGCCAUAGGGGCCAAGCAUUUGACUGGACCAGCAGGCUUUCAGCUGCUGCUAGCAUUGCAGAAGCAUUAGCUUUCAUGCAUCAGGAACUUCGAGCGGAAGGGAUUGCUCAUGGAAACUUAAAAUCUUCCAACAUCUUGCUGAACAAGAACAUGGAGCCCUGCAUAAGCGAAUAUGGCCUCAUGGAAAUCAACGAUCAAGACAACUUCAUGCCGGGCAAGGCUUCCGGGGCCAAGGCCUCCAGCACCUUUAAGGGAGACGUUUAUGGGUUUGGAGUGAUCCUUCUUGAGCUCCUUACAGGCAAACUUGUGCAGCAUAAUGGGGUUGAUUUGACAGUUUGGGUUCACUCCGUGGUUCGAGAGGAAUGGACUGCAGAAGUGUUUGACAAGUCCUUAAUGUCAGAAUAUGCAAGCGAGGAGAUGAUGGUGAACUUGCUUCAGGUAGCUAUAAAGUGUGUGAACCGUUCUGCAGAGGCUAGGCCGAGCAUGAACCAAGUUGCCCUAAUGAUCAGCGCCAUAAGAGAGGAAGAAGAGAGAUCCACAGUCUAUGAUCCGCAGUCUAGGAGCCUACUUUGAUUUGGAAAAUAUAUUUUUUUCCAAAUCAAAGUUGGAUUUCUGUAUUUCCAUGUAGCAGUAAAUCCAUAAUAGCAUAUCAUUUUAGAAAGAAAAAAAAAAUUGUAUUUUCAACUAAUAAGAUCAUGACAGAGCAGUAACGAUUCAACCA